AUGGCGAUGCUCUCCACCUCGUCGCCGGGGGAGCUCCGGCGGCUCCCCGGCGGAGGAGGGGCACCGGCUGCCCGCUCCGCCAGCGUGUGGACAAGCCCGAAGGCGGGGCCUCAUGAUGCGGCGUUGAGAUCCUCGACGCUCGCAUUUCCAGCGACAAACGCCCUCAACGCCGCCAACCGUGGUGGCGCGAUGGACGACGAGGCGGCGUGUGCUGGCGCGGUCGACGAGGCGGCGGACGAGUGUGCUGCCGCGGUGUACGCGGAUGUUUCGUACUCUCUCGACCAGCCAGUCAACCUAGCCGCCACCUCCCGCGCACACGCGCCCUGCUUCAUCCUUGCCUCGCCUGCAGCUCCUCUCCUCUGCGCCGCCACCGCCCGUCCUCCUCCUCUCCUCUGCGCCGCCGCCGCCCAACCUCCUCCUCUCCUCUGCGCCGCCGCCGCCCGUCCUCCUCCCCUCACAUCGCGCCCGCACGGCCCUGCUACGCCGCUGUCUCUGUUGCCGUCUGACCUAGAUGCGGCUAGAGUUCGUCGGCGCCGCACACGGAGGAGACGGGGCGAGGAGGAGCACGAGCCACCGCAACCACCUACCCGACGGUGCUGUCAUGGUUGUCGUCGUUGUGACCUACAGAGAGAGGGAUUUGGAAAAAGGAGACGGGAGCAAGAUGAGAAGACGAAGAAGAAGCACUGCCACCUCCGUCCCCAUCCACUGCUGGGCUCUGCUUUUCAUCCCAAACUUUUCACCUCCACGCCCCUGCAAAUUUCUCCAUCCCUUUCUUACAGAUUCUUUUGGUGUAUGCCUACAAGUUGUUUGAUGAAAUUUCAAGCAGGAAGGUAUGCAUGGUAAUGUUAAAGAGGCCCCUUAUGCUCCUGCAGGUUUGUGGGUGAUUCCCUGUUGGGUUUUCCUGUGGUAGAUUCUCUGUUGGUGAAGACUGGUGCAAUACUUCCUGGAGACAUAUGGUUUCAAUAUUCAGCACACUACAUUACCCUGUUACUUUUUGUGUAGAAAUAAUAGGUUAUAUCUUCUGCUUUCUACCAUAAGAAAUGAUAAAUCAAGGUGGAUAAUAACAGGUUAUAUCACAAUAGUGAUCAAAGGGAAGAGAAGUACUUUUGCAAGUCAUGCGUGGAAUUUUAUCAGACAAAUUUAUAUUCUUCAGAUGUGUAAUCCUAUUUUUCUGAGAUAUAUGUAUUUCUUCUUGCUCAUUCUUUUGGGCUUAGGGGCAGUAGAAUAAUCAGAAUAUACCUGAAGUGUUUGUACCAUCUGCAUACACUUUAGCUCAGAAUAAUAAUGUGCUUCCUCUUACUUGCUCUGCUUUAAUAAUGUACAUACAUCAGUUUUGAUAUAUAUAUAAUUGGUAGCAGAUAAACAAUAUUAGUUUUCCAGUGAAUGAUUUUAGAUUCUUCCAUGAAAGCAUCUCCCCCCUUUUUGCGAUUUCCGUUUCAUGAAAUGAGUUACGAUGACUGUCGUGAUAUGUUUCUUCUCUGAAUAUUUAUUACCAUGAACUCGAGUAUCCGGUGUGUGUAGUUGUAUACCUCCUUUUUAGAAUUGGAUGAACACCCAUAGUUCAGUUUGGGCUCAUGCAGUGUGUGUUUUCUCGAAUGCUUACUCUUGAUGCUUCGUGUGAUUCAACAUCGAUAAUUUCUUUUACUUAGUUUUUAUGCAUUUUAUGUAUUGUUUGUUGUCGAAUAGAUUCUGAACCGAUGUACAUGAACAAAAAUAGAUGAUAAUGUAUCGAUAAAUUCCAAUUAUUUAUGCAUGAUCAUUUUGCUAGGCGACAAAGGAAAAACCUGAAACUAAUUUCCGUUUAACAUAAACUCUAAUAUCUAUACUGUACAUACAUUUUAGACAUGUAUAUUUGUUCACCAACUAUUUAUUUUCUGUUGAAAUGAAUGGUAAUACUCGAUUUUCAAUUUCCUAAAUCUAUAUUAUUCUUCUGUUGAUAAAAAUAAUAUUGGGGCACACCACAUACUAAUUCACUCAGUUUAGGUCUGUUUCCUUUGAGAUUCACAAACAAGUGAUGUAGAAUUGAUCCGAAUUUUAAACAGACCUACACUUGAGUUUAUGACUGCUUUUUAUGUAUUAUAUUCUUUUACAGGAAUGCAUCCAUAAUCUUGGUAUAAAAUUUAUCUCGAUGGCUCAGAACCUUCAAAUGGCAUGG